ACUACUGGCCAAGCUCCCAGCUCAGCUCGGGAGGGGGUUCUUAGCCACAGCGCUCUUGGUUCACUCGCUCCCCUGGGCCUCAGGUGUCCUCAGGCAUUAGCACAGCUCUGGGCCGAAGAGGCUGUGUGAGACCCUGCGCUCAGGCUCGGGUUUCCCCUUGCGGGGCGCGGACUGCCUCCUCGCUGAGGCCAGCUGGAGCCUAGACAGGCUCUAGGGGCCUCCUGACUGAACGCGAGGGCCUUCGGGGCAGCAGCCGGAUGCGUCCCUGGGAUGAACAGGGCUCAGGCCUUUCCCACGACCCUCUUCAGCCACCGGCCUGCAGAGAGCGCUGAGACCACGACCUCAGGGAGCUAAGGGGCACCGGAGCCAAGGAAGCAGCAGUGGAGGCUUGAGAGGACAGCUGCUCUGUGGGGCUGUAGGCGACCCAGCGGAACCGGCAGCCACCAGGCCCCAGGUGGGACAUCUGCGGCACUUCCGGAGGCUGAGUGAUGUCUGGGAGCGGAUUAGACGGCCGGGGAGGGCCCUGGAUGGGUCCCGGUUUCCGACGUUCGAAGCCAGUCGGCCACCGGGGGCGCGCGUGGGCUGUCGGCGCUCUAGCCCGCCCGCGUCCUCUAUGGCCGCCUUAUUUCCGGGCUGUGCUGUGGCGCGCGAGGGCUACCCAACCCGCCGCCGAGACGUCCAGCUACUCGGGGGCCUGAGCCCGCGGGACCCGAAGGCGUGUUCGCGGAUGCCAGCUUGGCCACCCCUGACCCAGCCCCAGUCAUGCCGCUGUGUGACCCCUAACCCCAUCGCGACUGGACGGACCGGACCCCCCUGGGAACCGCCCUGCCCCUGCUGAGUGGGUCCCCUCAUCCCGCCCCAGUCUGGUCCUGAACGCAGCCCCCGCCCCAGGGCCGCGCCCUCUGGCCAUGGCCAUGCUCGGGAAGCUGCUGCCCCUGGCUGGUCUCUACCUGGUGCAGGGCCUGCCCUACGGCCUGCAGUCAGGCCUGCUGCCCGUGCUGCUGCGCGCCCGCGGCCUUUCCCUGACGCGCGUGGGGCUGGCCAAGGCGCUGUACGCGCCGUGGCUGUUCAAGCUCGUUUGGGCCCCGCUGGUAGACAAGUGGGGCUCCUCAAGGGGCUGGCUGGCGCUCAGCACGGCUGCCCUGGGCCUGCUGUGCGGGCUGCUGGCAACCCUGCCUCCUGCCGGCCCUGGCGGGGCUGCGCUGCCUGUCCCAGUGGCGGCGCUGCUCCUGCUGCUGAAUCUGGCUGCGGCCGUGCAGGACGUGGCCCUGGACAUGCUGGCCGUGCGGCUCCUGGAGCCAGCCGAGCUGGGGCCCGGCAAUACCGUGCAGGUGGUUGCUUACAAGCUGGGGGCCGCGCUGGCCAGCGGCGGGCUGCUGGCCCUCCUGCCCGCGCUCUCCUGGACGCUGCUCUUCCUGCUCCUGGCCGCCACCUACUGGCUGGCUGCGGCCGCGGCCUGGGUGGCGCCCGCCCUGCGACAGCUGCCUGUACCCGCGCCCUCAGCGCAUCCCCGCCCCAGCCUGCGCCUUCAGCAGGACUUGCUUGCCGUGCCUGGGACCCUGUGGACAGCGGGCUUCGUGCUCACCUACAAACUGGGUGAGCAGGGUGCCAGCGGCCUGUUCCCACUGCUCUUGCUGGACGGUGGCAUCUCCACUGCAGAGCUGGGGCUGUGGAACGGUGUGGGUGCUGUGCUCUGCUCCAUUGCCGGCUCAUCCCUGGGUGGGGUCCUGCUGGCCAGGUGUUGGGGCAGCCCUGCUGAGCCUGUGUCUGCAGCACCUCCUGGGGGGCUUGGUCACAACCACUACCUUCACCAUGAUGAUGCGCUGCAGUCAGCUGGCACCCAGUGCCCUGCAGGCCACACACUACAGUCUCCUGGCCACUCUGGAGCUGCUGGGGAAGCUGCUGGUGGGCACGCUGGCAGGAGCCCUGGCUGAUAGCCUGGGGCCACGCCUCUGCUUCUCUCUCUUCUUAGCUCUCUCAGCCACCCCCAUGCUGUACCUGGGCUUUGCGCCCAGCGCCCUGGCCUGAGCCGAAAGGCUGAACAUCAAUAAAAUGGAGUGUGCUUCUGGGACAA